AUGGAAUCACAGUUUGCGUCUUGCCCUCAACGGCUUUGCUCGGUUCGCAUCCUUGUCGCGUUUGAAGCAGUACUCAACCCAGGCAAACCUAAGUUCCAACGUUUCAGAGGCACUGUAGGCAAUACGAUUGUCGUUGUCGUGGAACCACCACAAAACAAACAAAUGAAGCUCUUCACCACUCUAUACGAGGCCUGUCGAAAGCAAGGAAGAACGUACACCUGCAGAUCAAUUUACCUUCAAUUUCAUGUCCCACCACCAAUCCGCCACUUCAUUCUGCCCUGUUUCUCAGACCGUACUGAAUCCGAUUCUUCGGAGCAACUCGAACAACAACUUGUGUUCCGUUCGCAUAACUCCCCAGUGGUUCUUCAACUGAGCGAUUGUCCAAUCCUUCCCAGCUUGUUGGUUGAACAAAUCAUGGAUUUGUUCCCAGCCGGUAGUCGAGAAAUACUUUCCCCAAUGAUGUCCUUCAACAGUUACGUGCUCUACCACAGAGAUGAAAAUUUGGUGUUCUCGGGUAUCCCACCUUGCAGACUUGUGCGUUUCUGUCUUCUUGUUGGAGCGAAGGGUCAAUCACCGGAGUCAUGA